GCCAAGGACGUACGACGAGCACCGGAAGCUGCCAGAUCAGCUGGUUGCUGCUGUUGUUGAUGUGUGGACUUGUUGUUUGGACUUGGUGUCCCUCUUCUCUGCUCGCAGCGGUGAAGACACGUCAAAGCUCGCGGCCUGGACACAGAGGACAUUUGCCGGCUCUGGAGUUCACGAGGAACCAAGCACGCGACCGGUCGCUAGGAUUUGUUUACUCGCGCGCGGCGGCAGCAGCAGAGCUAGCUUUUUUCAGAACCUUUAGGAAAACCAAGAAAAGAAAAGAAAAUCGGACUCUGCUUUUGUCUCGGUGAAGAAAUCAAUCGUAUCUCGUCCUGUGAAGCAUCGGUUCUGUGUUUUAUUUAUAUUUGCGCUUCAUUUUAGGUACCGGGGCGAAACAGCUAGCAUCCGCUAACGUUAGCUCGAAGAAAAGAGUCCAGGUUUGAAGCUUUCAUAACAACAACCCCCCCUCUCCCUGAGACCGUUAACGACCCGAGGCGGAGAGGGACGCUUCAUCUGGGGCUGCAGUUCGUGCAUGUGCCGCUGGUUCCGGACACACUGGCACGAAGCCGAAAUAUGUUCGCGUAACAACAAAGAAAGCAUCGCUUCAGUUCUCUCGCUUGUAAACAAACUGUGAAUUUAUCCCCUGGAUUUUUUUCUUUUAAUUUUUGGUCGUUUUAUUGAUUUUUUUAAGCAUUUGAUCGCCUGACAGCUGGUCUGGUCUGUUUGAGUGUUUGCUGACAAGUUGAGCAAUCUCUGGUUAAGUCACAGGCUUUACUGACUCAUAUGGUAAUUGUGAAUAUCUGACUUAUCUGGCUCCUUUCUGUGGUGAAGUUUCCACAUUUAGGACGCAUGACAUGAGUUAAAAGUACAGGCUUUUGACCUGAACCCCCCCCCAGACCGAGCAGCUUCAGAACAACAGGUAUGAGGAUCAGCAGCUGCCUGUUGUGAUCAGGCGCUGUGAUCUGGGACAGACAGAAGAAGAGGGCCCCUCUGUGGCUCCUGUUGUGUCUUGAGGUGAGCGCUCUUGCCCCCAACUACUUGCCAAUGCUGGAUCUGGAGGUGGUCCCUGAGAGAUCACUUGGAAAUGAGCAAUGGGAGUUUGCCUUAGGGAUGCCGUUUUCCCAGGCUGUCUCUAUCCUCCAGAAACACUGCCGCAUCAUCAAGAAUGUCCAGGUGCUGUACAGCGAGCAGACGCCUCUCAGCCACGACCUCAUACUGAACCUGACUCAGGAUGGGAUUAAACUGCUGUUUGAUGCCACAAACCAGAGACUUAAGGUGAUCGAGGUAUAUGACCUUAGCAAAGUCAAGCUAAAAUACUGUGGAGUGCAUUUCAACUCUCAGGCCAUCGCACCCACGAUAGAGCAGAUAGACCAGUCCUUUGGAGCCACGCACCCUGGAGUUUACAACCCUGCAGAGCAGCUGUUCCACCUCAACUUUCGAGGACUGUCCUUCUCCUUCCAGCUGGACUCGUGGAAUGAGGCGCCGAAAUAUGAGAUUCCACAUGGAGCCAUGGUUAGGAGGAUGCACAUCUACACCGGCAACAACCUGCAGGAAACGAGAGCUCCUCCAAUGCCGCUGGCUUGUUUUCUUGGAAACAUCUACGCUGAGUUCGUGGAUGUCCUGAGAGAUGGGGCGGGUCCUUUGGGGCUCAAACUCCGCCUCCUCACUGCAGGCUCGGGUGUUGGGGUGAUGGCCGACGCCAAGGUCCGGUCAAUGGACAGGAGCAUCUUCUUCGGGGACUCCUGUCAGGACGUCCUGGGCGCUCUUGGCUCGCCGCAUAAAGUCUUCUACAAGUCGGAGGACAAGAUGAAGAUCCACUCUCCAUCACCUCACAAGCAAGUUCCCUCCAAAUGCAAUGACUACUUCUUCAACUUUUUCACCCUGGGCGUGGAUAUUCUUUUUGACUCAACAACUCACCUGGUGAAGAAGUUUGUUCUCCACACCAACUAUCCAGGACAUUACAACUUUAACAUAUAUCAUCGAUGCGACUUUAGGAUUCCUCUCAUCAUCAAAAGAGACGGAGCUGAUUCUCAGGCUGAGGACUGCAUCUUAACCACCUACAGUAAGUGGGAUCAGGUUCAGGAGCUGCUGGGUCACCCUAUGGAGAAACCUGUGGUGCUUCACAGGUCUUCGUCGGCCAACAACACCAACCCGUUUGGCUCCACCUUCUGCUUUGGACUUCAGAGGAUGAUCUUUGAGGUGAUGCAGAACAACCACAUAGCUUCAGUCACCCUCUAUGGUGCUCCUCGGACAAGCAGCCAAGCCCGACCCGAGUCCAGCGGCAGCUCCCACUGAACAAGUGAGCCGCUCCUGAAGUUUGUGAUCCACAGCCACAUUCUGGACCCAGCAGCCCUGAUUGAAAACAUGACUCAACUCAGAGGGGUUUGCACCAAACGGAGAAGCUGGCCACAUUCAUUCUUCCAGUCCAGAGUCCACAGGACCCGUCAGAGCGAGGGGGGUGGUCCAUGCCAACAGUCCGGAGCGCUGCGGCGCUGCAGAGCUCACCUGCUUCCUGUUUCUGUUCUGUGAGGUUGGUUGGAUCUCAUCUGCUGAGGAUCAUUUAACAGACCCCCCCUCCACACACACACCUGUCAUCCCCCACAUGGACCAUUAGAUCCACAGAAGAAGAAGCAUCGGAGCCAAACUGAAUCACAGAGGAGAGAAUCCCAUCCAGAAGAGGGGUCUCCUUCCUCUCCUCCUCCUCCUCCUCCUCCUUCCUCAGGCUUCUGUAAACACAAAGCACACUACACAACCCUCUCACAAACAUCUGUGGGGGUGUGUGUGUGUGUGUGUGUGUGUGUGUGCGGUUCUGCUUCUGUUGGGUUUUUGUGAGAAUGAAAGGAGACUCAUAAGCACAAGUUUGUGAUGUUUCAACUCGCCGCUUCCUCAAGUUCACAGUAACAUUUGCACUAAAAUACACCGUCUUACUUGAUUGUGUGACAUCCUGAGUGUUGUGUGAAUGUGUGCGUUUGUCUGGACUGCGGCCCCCCACUCGCCCCCCCUUUACAUGUCACUGAUAGAUCCUUGUGUUUUUUCUUUAUUUGCCAAAUGCUACAGCCAAAGAUUUGGGGUGUUUUUUUUUUGUCUUUUUCGAAUCUACAGUCAUCAUUUGUGUUUUGUUGUCUCCAUGUUAACGCCUUCUUUACGAGCUUCUUUCUGGAGUUGAAUCCAUAUUUUUGAAAGGAGGAAGUUAAUGUGGUCCUCAUUAGUCUUUGAUUACAAGCUAGUUAAUAAAAAGUGUGGAUUUUAACGCUCUUUCUGUUUUGCCGAGCUCCAUCGUUUUUAUUCCACGAGUGAAAGGUGUGAGGUUGUUUUUGCCAUCCGGAUUUGCACGCUGGAGGAGUUUGAGCAUUCGGAUCAGAUCCAGCUCAUCUAGGGAGGAUUUUUGUCCGACAUAAACCUUAAAUCCAUUCAGUUUUCUGUGAGCAUAGAAGAAUUUCUUCAAGCUUUUUCAUUUCAGUUUCAGGUUUAAGAGAAGUUAGACAUUUUUCAGUAUUAAUUUUUCGAUGGAAAUCUUGGUUCUUCUUGCAGGGUUUCUGAAGGAACUCAACUGCAGGUUGUUUGGGAAUCUCAGACCUUCUGUGGAAUCAAGUUGUUCAUUUUUUAGUAACUGAAUGUUUCAGCUUCAGGUUUAAGUCAUUCUUAAGUUUGUUCCUGUGUUCUCCAGCAGAAGGAGAACAGAGAGGCAGCCACGUUUCUAUGUUUUUCUAGUAUUUUUAGCUGCCCUCUGGACAGAAUAUGGUACAUUUUUUGGUCCAGAAUUGUUGUUUCCUAGCAGUUGUACACAGAAUCGCUUGUUCUUUUUAGCAACAAGCUCCUUCAGUUGAAAGUUCUUUCUUUUUGAGACCUGCUGAUGCGGGACAUCCUCUCACCUGUGUGCAGGUAAAAGCAGAAGACUGGUUUUCCUCUCAGUGUCUUUUUACUUGCGAAUUGUUUCAUCUGGUUUGCUCUGUGAGGUUAGAUACAUACAGAUGUAGAGAAGCUGUAAAUACCUUUGUCGUCCCACUCUUCAUCGCCGUUUCUACCUGGAAUGAAGUGGUUCCUGUAGAACAGCCUCUCAUGAGUUUAAGGAGCUGCAGAACCUUUUGGGUAUGAGAUGUUUCCAGUGCUGCAGAAACGGAGUUCUGCAUCUGCAAAGCACAUUCAAGUGAUCCAUUCUGACAUUUCAGUACCUCCUGUUUCUGUGUGAGCAAACAGGAAAAGGCUCGGAAGUGCUGAAUUUGUGCCUCAUCUCCCACCACAUUAAUCUCCUCUGUAGAAAAAAAAAACCCUCUCUGUACAUAACUUCUGAGAAAGCGUGUCUUUGUACAGUUUGAAUGUGAGCAUCUCUGAGCACGAAGCAGCGCACGAUGGCUGAGUUUGGCUUUAUGUUUCCCGAAUGUUUUGCUCCUUUUACAAACUUGACUCUGAAAAUGCCGAUGGGGCAUCGAAAAAUCUGAAGGAAAAUGGCUUGUCCACCUCUGAAGAACUCUGGAUGCUUCCGGGGGAAAAAAACUGCCCACUGAAGGUCAUUUCUACUGAAGACCGACGCAGGAACUUCACCUCACUCAGGUGUCAUGUCGCCUCCAUUUUUUUAACGCAGAAAAAUAAAUAAAACCUCUGCAAAAAGCUGAUAUUUGGCAAAAUAACAACAAAGGAGUCACCACUCAUGAAGAGUUCUUUGCUUUUUUUUAUGUGACCAUAUCACCAACUGUUUAAUGUAUCAUUUGUCCAUAAUGGAUUCCCAACUCAAAACCUGUUCAUUCAAAUAGUCUUUAGUAGUUUUGAUUUGCUGUAAUUUCAAACACUUUGUAGUUUUUCGAUAACAUUUUACUGAUGAAGAACAAAUGUUAUAAAAGGUCAACUUUUUGUAAGCUUUAUUACACCGUCAUGUCAUGUUGCAGAUCUGUGCAGAAAUGAAGAUCCUUCUGGAACAGGACUUCAUCAUCUGCAAACAUGAGGACUUUUUCUUUUCAUUUUUUUCCCUAAAGUUCUGUCUUAUCUCAUUGUUCAUUUUUACUAAAAAUCAUUUUCAUUGAUCAUUUACAGACUGUCUGCUUCUCUUCAAACUCAGGAAGCUGCUGUUUUUCAGCACUUCCUGUUUGUUUCAUUUGUCUUCUAAAUAGUAUUUCUUUUAACUGAUUUUUUUUACAUUAGCUUUGUGUGCUUUCAUUAUGGCUAAAAUUUGUUUUUUUAUAUAUAUAUUUCUCAUAUCAAGACAUAAAAUAUUCUUUAGUGAAAGUGCAGUUCACAUUGUACGAAGGCCGCCCCCUGGAGUUGAUGUAGGGUAUCUCAGCAGGUCUGGAUUUUAAUCUCAUUUUUUUAAUCUUGCAGAACUUUUUGCUAACUUUCCCUGUUGAGCUCUUACAGACUUGUAGUCAGAUACUCAUAGAUUUUUUUUCUACUUUUGAGCAAAGCAAAUAUAUUUAAAAAAAAUCUUUCUAUGGCAUCUCCACUUUAGGCAAAAACUGUCAUUUUCUUCAUCCACACAAAACUACAUGACUUUGAAGUCGGGAUACAGAAAUUCCUGCACAUGUUCGUCAUUCCCAGACAUAAGAAGUUUUAAUGUUUUGUGGAGGCUGUUUUCCAUUUAAAUGAGCUUGCAGUAGUUUUUAAAAGCAAAUCCACCUCCACUGUUGUUGUGAUGCUGAGCAGUGGCUUCAGUGGCCGUAAACACUGUUAAAAGUUUACCCUCUUCUUACUGUUCUGUCCUGACAGAUAUUUUUCUUCAUCUGGAGUUUGACUAACAGCAAUCAACAUUUCUGCUUUGAAUUUCUGUCUAGAAAGAGUUGUACGAUAUUUCGAACCAUGUAUUCUGCAGCUUAUUUGCACAUUUUGCUUCUAUAUUUGUUUAUAAUAAAAUUAGUUGUGGUAAUUUUUUUUUAAUCCAAAAUAUGCGUGAAAAACAUUUUUAAUUUUUCCAAAACAAAGAGGAGCUGAACACUCAUUCUCCUGGAGUGCUAAUUCUGUAUUUCUCAUAAGUUAUGGAAACAUUAGUGUCUGUUUUCAGUGAAUAACAAACCUGCAAAACUCCAGUUUUCAUUUAUAACUUUUUCUGUGUGAUUGUAAAGUCUUUUUCUCUUCUUAACAUUCUCACCCCUCAGAAUAUUUUUCAAAAACUGUUUUAACUCCUAUUUCUGGAAACUGGUGGGUUAAUUCAAACCUGUGAAUUUCCUUGGAAUGUGGCAUUUUUCUAUUUUGAAUACCUUUAUGAAGACUGCAGCGUCCAGCAUGUCCACUGGAAGAAAAAAAGGCAAUAACAGAAGCACCCUGAGCAAAUGAACUUAAAGCUUUGCUGCAGACAAUUCCUUCAACAGUGUUUGAUGUUGUUGAGUUUCCAACAAUUUUGUCAGACGCUCGCUGUUCAUUGACGUCCAUUUUCUGUGUGCAACCAGGAUAUGAAAAAUAAUAAAAUACAAAUGUGAAAAUGA